UAUCUCCUUUCACUCAUUUUUUAAGGUUAAUUUUGAAUAUCGAUUUUCAAAAUGGCCGCCGCAGUAGCACAGGGAGCCGCCGGCAACAACUCCUUCAAGGACAAGGAGAAGCCGAUGGCCGUGCGGGCCUCCAACAUUCUCGCUGCUCGGGCUGUCUCCGAUGCCAUUCGAACAUCGUUGGGACCCAGGGGUAUGGACAAGAUGAUCCAAACGCCCAAGGGACAGACCAUCAUUACCAACGAUGGAAACACCAUGUUGAAGGAUAUGAGCGUGAUGCACCCAGCUGCCCGUAUGCUCGUCGACCUGAGUGCGGCACAGGAUGUCGAAGCUGGUGAUGGAACGACAUCAGUAGUUGUCAUUGCUGGCAGUCUGCUCGGCGCUGCCGAAAGGUUGCUAGCCAAGGGCCUUCACCCCACUGUCAUCUCCGAGUCUUUCCAGAGAGCCGCCGCUGCUUCCGUUGAGAUCCUCCACAACAUGUCCCGUCCUAUCAACCUUUCCGAUCGCUCCACCCUCCUCCAAGCCGCUUCUACUUCGCUUUCGUCCAAGAUCGUGUCCCAGCACUCCGGACUUCUGGGCCCGAUGGCCGUGGACUCUGUGCUAAAGGUCUGUGACCCGAAGACCGCAGAGAAUGUGGACUUGCGGGACAUCCGUAUCGUGAAGAAGGUUGGCGGCACAAUCGAGGACAGCGAGAUGGUUGAUGGCGUGGUUCUCAACCAGCCUGUGAUUAAGACCAGUGGUGGCCCCACAAGAAUCGAGAAGGCGCGGAUAGGUCUGAUUCAGUUCCAACUGAGCCCGCCCAAGCCAGACAUGGAGAACCAAAUCGUGGUGAACGACUACCGUCAGAUGGAUAAGAUCCUGAAGGAGGAGCGCCAAUACAUGCUCAACAUGGUCAAAAAGAUCCAGAAGACCAAGUGCAACGUCCUUUUGAUUCAGAAGUCCAUCCUCCGUGACGCCGUGAACGAACUUUCCCUGCACUUCCUUUCCCGUCUCAAGAUUCUCGCCAUCAAGGAUAUUGAGCGUGAUGAGGUCGAGUUCCUGUGCAAGAGUCUCGGCUGCAAGCCCGUCGCUAAUGUCGACUCCUUCACCGAGGACAAGCUCGGCACCGCUGACCUUGUCGAGGAAGUCCAGGCCUCCGGUGCUCGUUACGUCAAGAUCACCGGUAUCAAGGCUCCUCUUGCCGCUUACAACCAGACCGUCUCAAUUGUCGCCCGCGGUGCCAACAGCUUGAUUCUGGAUGAAGCCGAGCGAUCUUUGCACGACGCCCUGUGUGUCAUUCGCUGCCUCGUCAAGAAGCGUGCCAUGAUCGCAGGUGGUGGUGCUCCCGAGGUUGAAGUGGCCCACACACUCGCCAUGCGUGCUCGUGAGCUUACUGGCACCGAGGCUAUCUGCUUCAAGGCCUUCGCCGACGCCAUGGAGAACGCCGGUCUCAACUCCAUCAAGGUUGUGACUGAACUGCGUCACCGCCACGCUCAGGGCCAGCACAAUGCUGGUGUCAGCAUUCGCAGCGGUGGUGUGAAGGAUGAUAUCACAGAGGAGAACAUUCUCCAGCCCCUGUUGGUCAGCACUAGUGCGAUUGAGCUGGCUGCGGAGACUGUGAAGAUGAUCAUGAGAAUUGAUGACAUUGCUCUGUCGCGGUAA